AUGAAGGUGUCUGCGAUCUUCGUGCUCCUGGCGAGCACUGCCCUUGCCCGCAAACCACAAACCACGCCAUGCGAUGAUGACAAGACUACUGUUUCCGCCCCUCAACCUCAAAGCCCAAGCCUAAGUGUACAACCUCACUCCCAAUGGCACAGCUCUGAGGCCUGGCAGCCAUCCACUGAAGGCUGGAGCCCGCCCAACUCCCUCACCACUGUUCCGGGAGAGAGCAACACUGUCGUUCCUGUCACUCCCCCAGCUGAAUCUCCUUCGCCCGCUGGUCUCAGCUCUCAGCCAUGGAUUCCCACAACAAUCGCUGCUUCUGUUCCUGCUGUUCCAACCGGUGGUGUUACUACCAAGACCUCAACCUACACUACCACAACUUGCCCCGUCGGAACAACUACAUUUACUUCUGGUACCAGCACCAUCACUGCACUCACUACUGGAACCGUCACCGUUAUCGUGACAGACAUCAUUACAUGCUCAAAGGAAGUCUGCCGUCCACACACUACUACCGUCACUCCAGUUACUACUGUCUGGUCUGAGAUCUUUUCUACUGUUACUCGUACCUAUACCACCACCACCUGUCCUGUUGGCACGACUACUAUUACAUCCGGCUCCAGCACCAUCACCUCGCUCACCACUGGAACCAGCACUAUUGUCGUCACAGACACUGUGACUUGCACCACGGGUUCCUGCGCCCCUCACACUAUCCCAUCUGCUAGCGUUACUCUUCCUAGUGUGGCCAUCACUUCCGUCUCUGGAACUACCAUCGUUACCGGCGGCGUCUCUUCCAGCUCUCCAGUCGUGCCUGUCAUCUCCAGCAUUCCUGUUAUACCCGUCAUCUCCGGCACUCCUGUCAUACCUGUCAUCUCCAGCUCGCCAGUUGUACCCGUAGUCUCCAGCUCUGUGGUUGUACCCGCCGUAUCCAGCUCUGUGGUUGUGCCUGUCGUAUCCAGUUCUCCAGUUGUACCCGUCGUCUCCAGCACUCCUGUCAUACCCGGUGUCUCUUCCAUACCUACCGAUGUUUCCCCCACUACGGCUUCUAUCGGGACCAGCACUCCAGGAGUACCUGGUCUUUCUAGCACUCCUGCAGUCCCCGGAGUUUCUUCCUCGGUUCCAGUGGUCCCUAGCGGCUCCAGCAGUGUGCCCGGUGGAUCUUCCUCAGUCCCUGUUAUCAGCUCUGCUGCACCUACAACUGUUUCAGAAGUAAUAACCACCAAGACUAUCACUUACACGACCACCACCUGCCCAGUUGGAACCACCACUGUCACUUCUGGCAGCAGCACUAUUACCUCCGUGACGACUGGAACCAGCACUAUUGUUGUGACUGCCACUGUGACCUGCACUAAGGAGGUCUGCCAACCACACACCGUUACUCCCACCAGUGUUGGUCCUACUGGCGUUGGUGCUACCAGCGUCAGCCCUACUGUUCCUGUCGUAACUGGAUCUGGAACUCCAAGCCCUAGCUCAGUCGGACCUACCACUAUUGCUCCUUCUGGCCCUGCAACAGAGCCCGUGACAACUAAGACCAUCACCUUCAUCACCACGACCUGCCCUGUUGGAACCACCACAAUCACUUCAGGCUCUAGCACGAUCACUUCUCUCACCACUGGAACCAGCAGCAUCACUGUCACCCAGACCGUCACUUGCACAAAGGAGGUUUGCCAACCACACACUACUUCUUCCACUGCCCCCGGUGAGACCACUGUUCCAGUCACUGGUACCCCAGCUCCCACUUCAGUUGGGCCGACUUCGGUUCCUUCUUCAGAGUCUGCUCCUGGAUCUGGCACCGUUCCCGUCGUGAGCGAAACAGUGACACCUGUGCCUAGCUCCGCUGGACCUACCGCUGUCGGACCAACCUCUGUGGCACCUACCACCGUGGCACCUAUCACCGUCACUCCUUCUGGACCCGCUUCCGAGUCUAUCACCACCAAGACCAUCACCUUUAUCACCACUACCUGCCCUGUUGGAACGACCACGAUCACUUCAGGCUCUAGCACCAUUACUUCCGUGACCACUGGCACUAGCAGCAUCACUAUUACCCAGACAGUGACCUGCACCAAGGAGGUGUGCCAGCCACAUACGACUGGUGUGCCCACUGUUAUCCCUACUACUGUUGUUCCCACCUCCGUCGCUCCUACGACUGUUGUCCCUACAACUGUUGUGCCUGAUACCACUGUCCCUGGCGAGACUACGGUGCCCGGUGAGACCUCUGUACCUGGCGCGACCACCGUGCCCGCUGGAACCACUGUUCCGGCAGAAACUACUGUGCCUGCCGUCACCAGCGUUCCUGCUGAAACGAGCAUUCCUGUUUCAACCAUUACAGUCAGCCCCAUCCCAGCGUUCUCUUCUGCCGGCGCCAUCGGCACUUCAUCCGCCCCAGAGUCCGUGGUUACCAAGACUCUGACCUAUACUACUACCACCUGCCCUGUUGGUACUACUAUUUUCACUUCUGGAUCUAGCACCGUAACUUCAGUUACCACUGGCACUAGCAGCAUCGUUGUUACCCAGACUGUUACUUGCACCAAGGAUGUUUGCCAGCCUCACACUUCGGUGGCUCCAACAGUAGCUACAGCAACCCCUACUCCAGUUGCUGUCACAAUCACCUACACCACAACCACUUGCCCUGUGACUUACGUCCCUACCACAAGCGGAACUUCCACCUUCUCCAUCCCCGUCACUGGAACAAGCACCAUCGUUGUUACUGCAGUAACGACCUCUACUCCUCCUGCAGUGGUUGUGCCAAGCACGGCAACUGUCCCCAUCGUUCCCGCCGGAACCACCAUUGUCCCCCCUGGGGAAGAGACGACCAGCGUGGUCCCAGUUCCCGUUGGUGAAUCUACCACUCUUGUCCCCGUCCCCGGCGGUGAAUCCACCACCCUGGUUCCGGUUCCAGUUCCAACUUCCGUGUCUCUGGAAGGUACUACUAUUGUCCCUCCCCCCGCUGGAAUCACAUCCACUGGUCCCGCUCCUUCAUCCUUCAAGCCAUCUCCCUCCUCUAAGCCUGCCUACACCCCUGGCUCCUCGACCACCACACCUGCCACCCCUCUCUUCACUGGUGCCGCCUCAGCCGUCAAGGUUGGUAAGGCCGGUGUCCUUGCUGGUGCUGUCGCCAUCUUGGCUCUGAUCUAG